UGGUCCACACGAGGAGACGUCCGCGUUCAUGGUUUUUGACUGGGCCGAGCUUCCGUACAAAAGAAAGGACUCGGUUUCCAUGGAGACCAGCUAUGGUAGAGGUGAACGAGCUGCUAACUAGCUGAGUGACUACAACGACAGCGUCUUUCAGAGGGGGAAUCGAUUCCUGUUUACGGUACAAUCCUCACACAUCAAAAUGUCUUUCAGAGACUUAAGAAAUUUUACAGAAAUGAUGAGGGCCCUUGGCUAUCCUCGUUUGAUAUCAAUGGAGAACUUCAGGACACCAAACUUCACUUUAGUGGCAGAAAUCCUGAUAUGGCUUGUAAAGAGAUAUGAGCCUCAGACUGAUAUUCCUACUGAUGUGGACACAGAGUCUGACAGGAUAUUCUUCAUCAAAGCUGUAGCCCAGUUUAUGGCAACAAAAGCUCAUAUUAAGUUGAACACCAAGCGUCUCUACCAGGCUGAUGGUUAUGCUGUGAAAGAGAUGCUUAAGAUCACUUCUGUACUGUACAGUGCGAUGAAGACAAAGCAGAUGACACUGGGAGAUCCAAUUGAGGAGGACAACAGCAAGUUUAAAUUUGACCUUGGAUCACGGGUUUCUGAUCUUAAAGCAGCGCGCCAGCUGGCAUCAGAUAUCACAUCUAAAGGAGCAUCUCUUUAUGACUUGCUGGGAAAAGAGGUGGAACUUAGGGAAAUGAGAACUUCAGCCAUUGCCAGACCUCUGGAGAUCAAUGAAACCGAAAAGGCCCUGAGAGCUUCCAUCAAGGAGGUUUUGGAAAAUGUGGAGAAGACCAAAGAUUUGCUGAGUAAUCUUGUUUCUGAUGAAACCAGUCUGGAUGCAAAGAUAGAAAAGAAAAGGCAGGAGCUGGAGAGGAAUCGUAAAAGGCUGCAGACAUUACAGAGUGUCAGGCCAGCCUUCAUGGAUGAAUAUGAAAAAAUUGAGGAGGAAUUGAAGAAACAAUAUGACACCUAUGUGGAGAAGUUCAGGAACCUCUGCUUCCUGGAGUCUCAGCUGGAUGAAUACCACCGACUGGAACAGGAGAGGUUUGAGGAGGCAGAAAACACAAUGAGGAUGAUGCAGCACAAAUUAAGAGAGGAGGAGAGGGAUCUAAUGAAGAGUUCUUUGAAAGAUGAGGACUCUUACAUGGAUGUUCCAGAGGAUGAAGGUUCAGACAGCGACAUGGAAGAGAAUCGACCUUCUAAGCCAGGGCCCACACGAAACGGAUUCUUGACAGGUAGAGGAGCAAGAUUCACCGGGAACAUGCAAGGUGGUGAUAGCGAUGAGACCGAUGACAGUGAGAUUGAUGUGGAUGAGGAUGAUGAAGAGGAUGAAGAAGGUGAGGAGGAAGAGGAGAGCAAGGAUCUGGAGGAUGACAGUCUGGAGGGACCAGUAUCCAGGGGUGCCCGCCCCUCACGAGGGGGAAUGAGACCACCGCUGCUUGAGGAGAGCGACAAUGACUUCUGAAUGUAGAGAGCAUAUGGAGGCAGGCUCAGGCUGCUUUUGUUUUAAUUACUUCUCAAAAAUGCAUCAAAUUGUACAUUUGAUUGUGUUGUUGUGUCUACAUAAAGCACAACUAAAGUUCCUAUUUUGAAUAUUUGUGUAAAAUGUUUAUUAUAAUAAAA